AUGGCUGCAGCAGAUUCAAUCCAACUGAAAGCCAAAUUCCUCCAAGAAUCGGCCCAUCUCCUUGCUGUCUCUUCGCCCACGACUGCAGCUUCUCUGGGUCAGGCACGUAAUAGGCUUGUUGAAGAUGCUGAACUCCAAAUUGCAAGUAAGGAAUCAGACGCCUUCCGUCGAGGAGUUUGUGGCGCAUGCGGAAACAUCAUGAUCCCCGGGUGGUCAUGUCAGGUCUCGAAAGACCCUCACACCAAAUACCAGGAGAAGAAAGACAAAGCCAAGACCAACCAACUACUAAAGCCAAACAAAACAGAGACCACGCCGUCAGAACAGGAAGUCGGCGACUUCAUUGGAUACGGAACUGGUUACAAGGACAAGAAAGUCGACAAACAACGUCAGCGAUCCAGCUCCAAAGACAUUGAACGCAACCAGCAAGCAGAGACAGAAGGCACGCAGAGGGGGCCUACAGGCAAUGCUUGA